CGUGACGUCUGCCCUACAAGCCCCGCCCCCUCGGCACAAGCUAUAUAAAGGGCGCCGCUCACCGCUUCGGUCUUUUUCGCUACGGGUUUGCCGCUGCUUCGGAGGUUUUUUAUCUGAAGCGGGCGAGAACCACCUUAUUCAUCUGCCAAAAUGGGAAAGGAAAAGACCCACAUCAACAUUGUGGUCAUCGGGCAUGUCGACUCUGGCAAGUCCACCACCACUGGUCACCUGAUCUACAAAUGUGGUGGGAUCGACAAGAGGACCAUUGAGAAGUUUGAGAAGGAAGCUGCUGAGAUGGGCAAAGGCUCCUUCAAGUAUGCCUGGGUGUUGGACAAACUGAAGGCGGAACGUGAACGUGGUAUCACUAUUGACAUUUCACUCUGGAAGUUUGAAACAAGCAAAUACUAUGUCACUAUCAUUGAUGCCCCUGGACACAGAGACUUCAUCAAGAACAUGAUUACUGGAACCUCCCAGGCCGACUGUGCUGUCCUUAUUGUUGCUGCUGGUGUUGGUGAAUUUGAAGCAGGUAUCUCUAAGAAUGGGCAGACCCGUGAGCAUGCCCUUCUGGCCUAUACUCUGGGUGUGAAACAGCUUAUUGUUGGUGUCAACAAGAUGGAUUCUACUGAGCCACCUUACAGCCAGAAGAGAUAUGAGGAAAUUGUCAAAGAAGUCAGCACAUACAUCAAGAAAAUUGGCUACAACCCCGAUACAGUUGCUUUCGUGCCCAUUUCUGGCUGGAACGGGGACAACAUGUUGGAGCCCAGCUCUAAUAUGCCCUGGUUCAAGGGGUGGAAAGUGACCCGUAAGGAUGGCAGUGCCAGUGGAACUACGCUGUUGGAGGCCUUGGAUUCUAUCUUGCCACCAACCCGUCCCACUGACAAACCCCUGCGUCUGCCACUUCAGGAUGUCUACAAAAUUGGUGGGAUUGGAACUGUGCCCGUUGGUCGUGUGGAAACUGGUAUCCUGAAGCCAGGUAUGGUGGUCACCUUUGCGCCAGUCAACGUGACUACUGAAGUGAAGUCCGUGGAAAUGCAUCACGAGGCUCUGAGCGAAGCUCUCCCUGGUGACAACGUUGGCUUCAACGUGAAGAAUGUGUCUGUUAAAGAUGUCCGUCGUGGAAAUGUCGCAGGUGACAGCAAAAACGAUCCCCCGAUGGAAGCUGCUGGGUUCACAGCACAGGUUAUCAUCCUGAACCACCCAGGCCAGAUCAGCGCUGGCUAUGCCCCUGUGCUCGAUUGCCACACUGCCCAUAUUGCCUGCAAAUUUGCUGAGCUGAAGGAGAAAAUUGACCGUCGUUCUGGUAAGAAACUGGAAGAUGGCCCCAAAUUCCUCAAAUCCGGAGAUGCUGCCAUUGUUGACAUGAUUCCAGGCAAGCCUAUGUGCGUUGAGAGCUUCUCCGACUAUCCUCCUCUGGGUCGUUUUGCUGUACGUGAUAUGAGGCAAACCGUUGCUGUUGGUGUCAUCAAGGCAGUUGACAAGAAAGCGGCUGGUGCUGGCAAGGUCACAAAAUCUGCCCAGAAGGCGCAGAAGGCUAAAUGAAACUUCUGUCCCGCUGCCACCUCCAUCUUAAUCAGUGGUGGAAAUAUGGUCUCAGAACUGUUUGUCUCAAUUGGCCAUUUAAGUUUAAUAGUCAAGGACUGGUUAAUGAUAACAAUGCAUCGUAAAAGCUUCAGAAGGAAAGGAAUGUUUGUGGACCAUUUGUUUCGUGGCAGUUUAAGUUAUUAGUUUUUAAAAUCAGUAAACUUUUUUAAAUGGAAACAACUUGACCAAAAUCUGUCACAAAUUUUGAGACCAUUAAAACAAAAGUUUAAUGCAAAGUCUGUGUGUUCUUUGGGCCAAAUAGUUUGAGAUUAAUAAAUUCUGUGUAUGCAAAAGCUGUGGGGGAGAUACAUUAUUCAUGUUAAUGUGCUGAUGUUUCCAAAGGUAUUACAGCAUAGAAGUUAUUAAUGACAAAAAUCGAGCUGACGGAAUUGUUCAGUGGUCAAGAAGACAGCUUGGUCUAAUACAAAAUAGCACAUCAUAUGCUUAAACAGUGACUACUGAAAUACAGAUUUAAAGAAGAAAACCCUUUAGUUAACCACUUUUCAAGCUACUAGUUUAUGUACUUUUGAAGGUUUUACUCUUUCACUAACGUAUUGUUUUUAGUCUGGUUUAUCACAAUUUGCAGGUGUUUUGCUUUUCAUAGGGUAUGGCAUAAAGUAGUAGUGCUUCACUUCUUUGGAUUAACAAUUAGGGGAUCACACAGGUUUCCUGAAUAAUGUAUUGCUGCUAAUGGAGGUUAUGGAAGUUGAGCUAUUCUUGGGAUUCAGUGUUUUAUCUUCAGGCAGGCUUGUUAAAAAUAUAAAAUAACUUCUCCAGAAUAGAUCAUAUGUGUACUAGCAGGAGAACAGCAUGUUCCCCACCCUUCAUAAUCCCUUAUAUAAAAGUGCAUUAUAUUGAUAACAUGGGCAACACUGGCAACAUUCAGACUGCCAAGUGCUGUGCCAAAAGAUACUUCCCUAAGUGUCUUACAAGAUAAAUGGGAUCACAUUUCAGACCUUACUUAAAAGCAGGGAUGCUGUAGGAGUAAGUUUAAAUUGUGUUUACUGUGAGUUUGAUGUAAAUGAAUGUCAGUGUUAACAAGCACUGUGUGUAUACUCACACACUUUACAAUCAUGAUUUGAACCACAAAACAUGCCAUGGAAAGCUUCAGGUUUCAAACUUUGUAUUAGGGUCUGUCUUGUUUUUGGCAGUUUGAGAUACUAUUUCUUCUCAAAUGCUGAAACAAAAUCAGUGUUAUUGUCACUAUUGAACACUUGGAAAAACAAUUCAAGACAGGGAAGUUAAACAUUCCUCACUAAUGAAAUAAGAGACUAAAAGGAUCUGGGCUGUAUUCUUAAAGGAUGCAUUUUUGGUGAAAAAUUUGAUUUAAAGGCUCAAUACAAGAAUAAUUUUUAAAUUUGAAGUUACUGAGAGUCAAAGAUAUGAAUAAUUUUGGGUAGUAUAACAGGCUAGCUGGUAAAACUACACUUCCUUGGAGCUUUGGCCAUUUCAUUCUGCACCAGAUACUUGAAAAUAAUUCCGAGAUUAUAAUUGGAACAGAUUGGUAGCAUGACAGCAAUACAAUAGUUGUCUUUUCAAAGAUUGCCACAUUCAUGUGCUUAGCAGCGAAUGGGAUUUUUCUUGUGUCUUGUUGACUUUCUUUUCACUCAACCUUUAAUUGAGAUGGUCCUCUUUCCUACUUGGAUGAAGAUUGUCGGAGAAAUAGGAAACUAAUAUCCCUAAAGCCAAGCAGCUGCUAUUAUGUCCAUAUGUUUCAGAGCCCACUUCAUGACUUGUGUAGACCAUUUGUAGAAAUUGGAAAUACUAUGGAACCAAAGGCUGCUUGAGCCUCAAAAUUUUUGAUCCCAAAGUGUUACAAACAUGGCAUGGAAGUUGGGGUAAUAAAGAAAUAUAGUUGGCUUUUUUAAAGUGUUGCCUUUGAGAAGGUGGCUUGUAAGGGAGUGCCUGUUCUAAAUACUGCCUUUUAUUAAACCCUAAUCACAUCACCAUUUGGUAAUUCAAUUUAUUAGAUUAGUUUUGCUUUCCAAUGCAUAUGUGAUAGCAUAACUGUUGAGUUAAUGGAAAAAAUACUAAAUUUUGUAAGCCGAAACACUUGGACUUUAGUUUAUAUUCAAUAAAUUCAGUCUAGAACUA